CCUCCCCCUCCUCUUCCCGAUUCUCUCUGCGCCUCCCCCUCCGUGAUCCCCUCUACCCUCCCUCAUUCGCCUUUUGCACCGUCGUCGAGGGGCUGUCGGAGCCGAGGGUUCAGAAGAGGGUAGAUCCGCCAGACAGCCUCGCCCGCCGGCCGCUGGCUGCUCACACGACACCGACACCAUGGGGCGCCGUCCGGCGCGGUGCUACCGCUACUGCAAGGGCAAGCCGUGGCCCAAGUCGCGCUUCGUGCGCGGCGUGCCAGACCCAAAGAUGAGGAUCUUCGACACGGGUAAGAAGAAGAUCCCGUGCGAGGAGUUCCCCUGCGCGGCGCACAUGGUGUGCGAUGAGAUGCAGCAGCUCACCUCGGAGUCGCUCGAGGCGGCCCGCAUUGCCACCAACAAGUACAUGUCCACGAACGCGGGCAAGGACUUCUACCACAUUAAGGUGCGGCCCCAUCCGUUCCACGUGCUCCGCAUCAACAAGACGCUGUCGUGCGCAGGCGCCGACCGCCUGUCGACCGGCAUGCGCGGGGCGUUCGGCAAGCCCUACGGCACAGCGGCGCGCGUGAGGAUUGGCCAGGUGCUCCUCUCGGUCCGCACCAAGGAGGAGAAGCUCCCCAUCGCGGUGGAAGCGCUCCGCCUUUCCAAGUUCAAGUUCGCUGGCCGCCAGAAGAUCCACGUCUCCAGCUAUUACGGCUUCACCAAGUUCACCAAGGAGGACUACGCGAAGUGGAAGGCGAUGGGCCGCCUGAGGCCCAACGGCGUGGACGUGCAGUGGCUCUCGAGCCGCGGCCCCCUGUGGCGCCUCAUCGGCAGGAGCUGAGCCGCGGUGCCGCCCGCCCGGCCCUGCUGAUCGACGAAGGGCACCGGGAGAGAGAUGGCGCGCUGCCGCGCAAGGACGGACGCGACGCGGCCCGGGCGCCCGCGGUCGUCGGCGCGCACCGCCCCCUUUGCCUUAACCCCCUUUGGCGCGCCGCCAAUACUCGCCAAUCUGGACACUACGGGAGAAAAUGAGCACGGGGCGCUUGACGGCUC